AGAAUUCAUGAACUGAGAUCAGGCAAGACACUAAAGGAGUUGAACAGCCAUACGUCAUUCGUCAAUGAUGCAUUUUUCACACAAGAUGGAUUUCACAUCAUCAGUGCCUCAUCUGAUGGCACAGUUAAGAUUUGGAAUACAACAUCCUGCCAGUGCAUCCACACUUUCAAAUCUCUGUCCCGGGCCUCAGAAGACCCUGUCAACAAUGUGAUUCCUCUUCCCCAAAAUCCAGAGCACUUUGUGAUUUGUAAUCACUCCAACACGGUGGUCAUCAUGAGCAUGAACGGUCAGACUGUGAAGACCUUCUGCUCAGAGAGAAAGGAAAAGGCCGAUUUUGUGUGCUGCACCCUGUCACCCCGCGGGGAGUGGAUUUACUGUGUGGGAGAGGACCUAGUGCUGUACUGCUUCAACUAUACGACGGGAAGGCUGCAGAAAACGCUGACCGUUCACGAGAAAGAUGUAAUUGGCAUCGCUCACCACCCACAUGAGAAUCUGAUUGCCACCUACAGCGAGGACGGCCUCCUGAGGCUAUGGAAACCUUAAACUGUCUCCUGAAGAUCCACAGAGCCUUACACAUGCUUAUAGAGCAAUGUACUCACUUAAAGACGAUGGAAAUGGAUACAUUAAUCAUCCGUAAUCAUCCGUUAUUAUUCGCCACAACGUCCGUUAAGUAGCGGGUCUGUAGUUUUAGGCCAUAUCACAUGAUCUUCAUCAGCUGAUAGACUUUUCCAGUCGUCAUGGAAUGGCAGAUGUUCAAAUUUACAGCAAUUUAAUUUCUGCUUGUCAACGUUGCCACAAAAGCUGAGGUGCCAAAUACAUUUUCGACUUCAGAAACAUCAGUUUAGAAAGUCCCAUGACAAUCGGGCAAACAGCAUCUGGUGAUGACCAUCAUGUGCUAUGGGUGAAAGAAGCUGCUAAAUGGACCCUGUGGUGAAGUUGUUUCCUCAACUGCUGGUUCCAAAGGUCGAUAAUAAACUUGGAACCGCAGAUAUAAAUUAAUAUGUUUUUAAUAAAUGGUGAUAAUUUCUGCCAAUCAUUUCAAAAUAUCAACAAGUUCAGGUGCUAGCCAGUGAGUGUUUCCUUUGACAAUAAGAACAAUCUAGAAUAUCACUAAGAGACUUUUGGGCAUAUUGUUAAACUAAUUUAUAAACUCUUAACUGGGUCUUAAUCGAUAUAUUUUUACUACGUAGAAUUUGUCAGUUAUUUAUACAUUAUUUGUUUUAUUGAUUGAUUGAAUAAUUUGUAAGAUAUUUGCUUUAUAUACAUUUGGAGCACUGUUUAGGUCCUCCAUACUGUACACACACAUACACACACUUCCUCAUGGAUCCAACUUCACCAGAGCAGUUAGAAUCAUUUUCAUCUCUUCUGUCUUUAUUAGACAUGAAAAUGCAUGAUGGUGAACUGUUGAGCAAAUCUUUUUAAUAAAAAAAUGCUUCUUGUUUGGGCAUAAACAAACAAUAUCAGGUAUAUCAUUUGUCAGCUUUUGAUUUAUAAUACUUUUGUAACUUUGAUUCAGAUGAAAUGAUUUGUUUUGUCCUCUGUGUUCCCCGCAUGCUACCUCAGUGCACUGUCUAAAUGUGACUCUACAAUAAUUUUAGUACUCCUUAAAAAUAUGCAUGACUAAUGAUAAACCUCAACAGAGCUCCAGUGACACUUCUUUGUAUCCUGUGUAUAUAAUAAAUGUACUGAAUGUGUUCAUGUGCAUCAGUAUGCCUUCAAGAAACAUAGCUACUGCCUCGACCAGUAUUUAUUUGUACUACAGUAUUUGGCACUUUGUAGCAUGUGUCUGUAAUAUCAUUCAUGUAUCAUUUUUGCAAAACACGUGUUGUCAUUACGCUCUAUUAUAUAUUAAUUAGUAUAUAAUACUGCCAGUCAUGUCAAAAAUGAUUAUCAAUAAAAUUCAAAAAAGCC